CGCUCUUUGCAUUUUCAUCUAAAGCUAGUCCCCUGUUAUAACAAAUAUGUUGCAAUCUAUCUGUCUUCCGCAGUCCCGCUACUACUCGACCAAGUUCGCCCCACCCAAGAAGGAAUCCAAGGACAAGAAGCUGUCGGCCAACAUCCAGAAAUUUCUCGCCAAAAAAGAAGAGGAAGAACGCCAAAAGGCCCUGGAGGAGAAACGCAAGCGCGACGAGCUGAUGGCCAAACGGGACCCGAAGGCGAAGAAAAAGAUCGAAAAGAUGCUGAAAGUGAUCAAAUCGGCCAACAAAUCCGUACUGGACGAUGCCGUCGAUCAGAACGACACGGCCGUGACGCUGCAAGGUCCGGAACAACCGGACGAGGACGACUAUGGGUACACGUCGAACGUUGCUUCGCAGCUGUACCAACAGCUGAUGGACAAGUACAAGAACACACCGGAGGAGAAGAAGUUCAAGGAUGGCGCCAAGAGGGUCAUGUCCAAGGAGGAGAUGGAACGGGCGAAAGCGAGGGUAAAGGAUGCCUUGAACAGGGUUGAGGAGGAAGAGAAUGCUCCGAGGACGAGGAAGCGGAAAGAGGGUGGAGAGGGGACGACGAGGGAGGAAGAAGGUACAAGUGCAAGUAGUACUAAAAGAGGACCGGAUCGGUAUGAUCCGGAAGAGGAACGACGGAAAGAAGCGGAAGCAAAAGCGAAGGAGGAAGCCGCUAGGAAGAAAGCAAGAAGACCGGCAGGACCGGCUCCACCGGAUUUUGCCACGUUGCUCAAAUUGGCCGAGCAGAAACAGAUGGAACCGGUGAAGGUAGAGGUCCCAGUGAUAGAAAAGAAGAAAGAGCCCGAACGACUCAUGACCAAGAAAGAGAAAAAAGAGUACGAGGAACGACAAGCUUAUCUAGAGCAGAAGAAAAUCCGAGACCGAAUACGAAACGAUCCUCGUCUUUCGGAAAAGGAGCGACAGAUCAAACUGGCACAGUACGAUGCGAUGAAGGCGGGCAAGAUUCCGCCAGCAUCGGCCAGUACCAACAAGCCCGGAUCAACCAGUACAAAUGUGAUGGCACCGAAUGGGCGCAUUCCAAAGCUGAAUUCGUCCUCCACCGGAUCGGAAAAGCCAUCAGCUGCGCCUCCAAAACCGACUUCCGCCAGUUCCAGCUCGAGGCCUCCGUCUUCUUCGCGGCCAGAUGAAAAGCGAAGUUCCCUGCAAAAACCCUCCCCAUCCACAACGGCGGUGCCUGGCAAGAGCAAACUAGAAUCGGCCCUCACAGCAUCCAAGAAGCCCCACACCAGCAGCACCGCACAAUCUUCCUCCAGGGAUUCCUCUAGCAUUAGGAAACCGUCGGUUCCAUCUUCCCAGCAGCAAAAUGGUUCCCCAAAAAUCUCAAAACCUCCGCAGGCGGCGGUUUCACCAAAACCGACGUCUUCAUCGUCAGUGGCCAACGGCCAGAAAACCAGACCAUUCCCACCGGCGGACGUUCCGCAAAAGACCCGCCAAUUCCCGCCACCGGAUGUGCAGAAAACGCGCCAAUUCCCCCCGCCGGAUGUGGUCCGGAAACGGCCGUUGGAUGCCCGGGGUGGCAGACCUUCAUCAUCGUCAUCGGCUCCGGCAAAGAAGCGACGCCCGGUCAUCGACAGCGACAGCGAGUACGACUCGGAAAUGGACGACUUCAUCGACGAUGGGGACGACGAGAUGGACUACUCGUCGCAGAUCAAGGCCAUCUUCGGGUACGACAAAUCCCGCUACCGGGACGAGGACUUUGACGACCGGCAGAUGGAAUCGACCUUUGCCCAGCAGAUGCGCGAGGAGUUUAUCAGCAAGAAGAUCGGCCUGAUGGAAGAUCUGGAGGACAUGCGAAUGGAGGAGGAGGAGAAACGACAGAAGGCGCUGAAGAAGAAACAGGCGGCCAAGCGGAAAUGAAGCGCGCGGCGGUGGUGGAGUUUGUGCAAGCACUUAUUGUUGUUUUGGAUGGUUUCGAUUAAUUUUAUCCGUAUGAAAAUACCUAUUUAUUUUUUAAUUUUGAUUUAUUAAUUUUUGUUAGUGAUUUAUUAUGGCGGAACAAGAGGAUGCCUCUGAGAUUUAGGUACGACAGCUUUUUACAAGCUGGUUUCGUUUCAGAUUUGUUUUGUUUUUUGCAACCACAAACCUUACUUAGACCGGAAUGUCAGUGCAAAAAGAUUAUGAUAAAAAUAAUUGUGAAUAAUCGAUCAAUUGUGGCCCACUAAUCUAAUGAAAUAAACCCGAAUUAAAGUGAAACAAAAAGUAUA